AUGGUGUCGAAAGGGAAUACUUAUCGAUAUGGCAUCUCUUCGCAUGGAUCACAGAAUUUAACGGUACCUGGCGAUAACGCAAAUAGCUCAUGGCUUCUGGUAACUCCGACAGAUAUUCAUGGCUUAAUAGGCCACGGGAAAGUGGAUAAUUUGAUUCUGGAUUUGAAUGGCGCCGAAUGGGAUAUAUUCCCUGCUCUACUGGAUAGCUCACUGUUGGCAGAAGCCGUUCAGCAUUUGGAUUUGAGAAUUCGGUAA